AUGGUGCUUGGGAUCCUAAUUGCAGUGGUCACUGCUCCUGGUCUACUCGGCAGCCAAGAGGCCAUUCGUCAAGGCCAAUCAAAAGAUAAAAGGGAGGAACAUCGUGCACGUCGGUGCAACCUUAUCGCUACCUGCGUAAAGUCGUCAGCACGAAGUCGGGAGAUUGACGGACGGCCAGUCGUGCUUCGCGAUGGGAAGCUCUGGAUUGACACAACCACUGAUGACGGUGAGCCAUUCGGCCACACGUAUGCUGGAUAUUAUCUGCCCUACCCCGAUUCGAGUCACGAAGGUCUUGUCACAACUAUCACAGAUGUUGCACCAAUCAUGAAUUGGGUGUAUAUUGACAGAGAAACGCAUGAGGCUAGAUAUGGCGUGCGAGCUGAUGCGCAACCCAAUCUUACUGGUCCUUUCAAUUGUACAAGACAAGAUCGCCGUCUAACCUUCGAAGGCUGGGAAGGGUGGUGCGCUGUGGAGGAAUUUGAGGGACACUGGUCUCUGUACUUCGAUGUCGAUGACAACGGUUUGAAGUCAAAAGUUGCAUCGGGUACAAGAGUGUUAGAAAUCGAAUUGAGUAGAAAGGAAAAAAGAUUUCAGAAACAAGAGGAAGUGCGGCAACAAGAUCAGAAAAUUGCAAGGGCAGUGGAUGCUCAGAAAGAUGCGCCUGUUGAUCGUCCUUUGCAGCAAGAUGAUGGGUUCAAAAGACCUGGCGUGUUCGGUGAACCGUUGCCGGGACCUAUAUCAGUAUACGCAGAAGACUUAGUGCCAGAAACGCCAUUGCCGGCCCGCUCAAAUCCACGCAAGUCUACAAUCCCGCCAAUAUCCCAAAUAUCCAGCAAACGGGCGGCGGAUAUAUUGGACGACUCCCUGGCUAUAGAAAAGCCAGCAGUCUUAAAUACCCAACCAGAGAACAACUCUACAUCUCCACCACGAGUAUCGCCUCAGACUAUGCUACUGCGAGAAAUACAGUUCACUCCGAAGAUCAAUCGAAGCAGUGGCAGCAAAGCAAUGACGCAAGCACAACUGUUCGACGCUAUGGCAGCUGCUCAAAUGCGAGAGGCAACUGUUAUUGCAAGAACAAACUCAGGAGCCAAGCGGUCGUCUCUGGCCAGUGGCAACGUGCAGUCUGCUUCGGCACAUUCUGGAGAACAAGAGAGCCCAAACCAAGACAUCUCGUCACAGUCAGGUUUAUCGCAAAGGCCAUCAUAUCGAUCAAAAACAACACAUCCAUUGCCGAUUGCAAGUGCACCGCAAUCAAGAAGUAUACAGACUCCCGACAUAACGGUUCAGCUGCCCAAAUUAUCACCGUAUUCAGAGCGAACGGAUACUAUUGACCCAGGGAUAUUUGAAGCAUUGAGCAUGGGUAGGAGUGAGCAGAGAAGUCGGAUCAGCCCUUCUUAUCAACGAAAGCGAAACUCCAAGACAUUCACAGCACGACGACCUGGGAAGCGCUUAUCCCCAAUCACCCUCACCAGGAAAUCGCUCAUAGAUACGAUGUCCAGCGACGCAGGGAGGCUGACGUCUUCUCUGUCACGUGCCGACAGGUCCUCAAAAAUGCGAUUUGGGAGGGAAAAGAUUGUCAAUAGAAUUCAAAAAGGAAGAAAGACAACCUCAACUCUUCUGAGAGAUCUCGACGAUUUAGUGCGUCAGGAACAAAUAUUCAUCACGUCAAUGAGCAACCAGAAGAGUUCCACGAGUAAGAAGGGCCUGGUGGUGUGA